ACGGGGAUCGGGCUCCCACCGGCUGUCCCAGCUGCUCUGAGCCGUGCCUGGGGGUUUGCAUCUCCACGGAGCAAGCUGGGUAAUGCUGUGCCCUGUCACCCUGUCCCUCCCCGGCUGCAGGAGGACAACCACAGCUACUACGUGUCGCGGAUCUACGGGCCGGGGGACGCCCGCUUGAGGGGGCUGUGGGUCGACAUGGCAGCGGCCAACAGGAGCCAAGUGAAGAUCCACGGGAUCCUCUCCAACACGCACCGGCAGGCCUCGAGAAUCGUCCUCUCCUUUGACUUCCCAUUCUACGGCCACCUCCUGCGGCAGGUCACGAUAGCGACGGGUGGGACGGUUUUUGUGGUGCAGUGGGACAAGGUCUAUCUUCAGGGGAAGGAGGACAUGGGCAGCUUCACCUUCCAGGUGGCCCUGCACAGCACCGGGAGAAUCGUCUUUGGGUACAAGGAGAUCCCCGUGCCGGUCCUACAGAUCAGUGCCGCCCAGCACCCCGUGAAAGCUGGCCUCUCCGAUGCCUUCAUGAUCCUCAACCCAUCUCCCGAUGUGCCUGAGUCCCGCCGUCGGACCAUCUACGAAUAUCAUCGCGUGGAGCUGGACACCAGCAAGAUCACCAACAUGUCAGCCGUGGAGUUCACCCCGCUGCCCACUUGUCUCCAGCAUCAGAGCUGUGAAAUGUGUGUGACCUCGGAGCUGACCUUCAACUGCAGCUGGUGUCACGUCCUGCAGAGGUGUUCCAGCGGCUUUGACCGAUACCGUGAGGAGUGGCUAUCCUACGGCUGCGGCCAGAAGUCAGAUGAGAAGACCUGCGAGGAUUUAGAAGGCGACCACUAUUCAGCAUCUCCUGACAGCUCUUUCUCACCGCUGGAUGAGGAUGCCACCACCUCCACGUCCUCGCUCUUCAUUGACGGUCUCACUACAGAAGAUGAUACGAAGCUCAAUCAGUAUGCAGGAAGUGAAGGUGUGGGAAGCAGCCUUCCUUCCAAGAAAGCAGGCGCCCCGAUUCACACAGGUACUAUCGUGGGGAUCGUUCUGGCUGUGUUGCUCAUUGCAGCUAUUAUCCUUGCUGGAAUUUACAUCAACAGCCACCCCACCUCCAACGCUGCCCUGUUCUUCAUUGAGCGAAGGCCACAUCACUGGCCUGCCAUGAAAUUCCGAAAUCACACCAACCAUGCAACAUACUCAGAGGUGGAGCCGGCCAGCCAGGAGAAGGAGGGCUUUGUCGAAGCAGAACAGUGCUGAGUGCUUCCUCCCCCUGCAUCUCGAACCUCCCAUGUCUCAAGUGUUGGAGUCUUCUGUUAUUCUAUUGCAAAGUCUUUCCCCUCUUGGAAAAGAAACAGCAAGUAGAGGAAAAAGACCCAAUGGAGCAUUUGAAAAGAAUGAGUCAGGGCGCUGUGAGGCUGGGACUUGCCUGGAUUUCCUCACGGGACAGCAGGGCCUGUAGCGUCAGCAGUCAGUUGCGACAUUGGACUUUGCCUGCAGCCCGGCACCGAAGCCCUGGAUGUGGCGGUAGAAAAAAGUGCAGUCAAAGUUUUCGCUUGGCGUGGGUUUUUUGUUUCGUGGUGGGGUUUUUCCCCCUCUGUGUGUGGCUGACCUCUUCCCUCCUCCACCAGGAGGCUUAACAGGGGCAGCAAAGGGGGGGCAAGUCUUGGUACAGGCAAAAUACGUCAUUGCCUCAAGCAGCAGGAUCUUGGGGACAGCAAAACAGUUGAUUUUUGCUGCACACUGGCUCUGCCCGCUCUCAGGAAAGUCGGGCUGGUUGCCUCUUCCCCUCUCCAGGGAGAGGCUGGGUGGUUGGGGGUAGGUGCUGUUGGUGGCCCAGGAGAGGUAAGGUUGGCUCUCCAGGGCUCACCUCCCCUCUUCCCCUUGCCUCUCCCCCAGCUCUGUCCCUUUCUCCGCUCUCCCCUUCGCCUUCUUUUGGGGUGGGCAACAUUUAAUUUUGCCUUCGUGGCCGAGAAGCCUUGUCCCUUUGUCUCUUCAUCCUGCAGUUGGUCUUCCACCACCAUGGCUUCAACUCCCUGCCCUCCUCUCCCUUCAAAGCAACAGCUUCUGCCCCCUGCUCCAGAGAAAGGGAAACCUGAUCUAUUUUAAGGGCAGAACCCUGUGGAGGAUUCACCUUCAGGAUGUUUGUGAGCCAAUGGCUCUGAUGCACAUUUUGGCAUCUAAUUAGUUUGCUAAAUUACUAACUAUGACCCUUACCCCAAAGGAGACAGAGUGUGAAAAAAAAUCUUAGGUUCCUUCAGAAUACAUCCUUGUGGCGCGGCCACUAAUCCAGCGGGAACAGAGUAGGUUCUGAUGGAAGAGGAUGGGGACAGAGCACUAGCAACAGCAGUGUCCUCCCACGGGCUAAAUCCUGACGUAAAUCCAAGCUCACUCACGGGCAUUUCACAUAAAUAAGGAGUGAAGGCGUACAUGCCUUGAUACCAUUGAAAAUCUAAAAAUCACCUUUUUAACAUCAUAGUUUUUAGAGCCUACUCAAGUCAGUGGAAUUUUUUCUGUUUUUUUAUUUUAUUAUGUCUGUGAUAGGCCCCUGGUCUGGAUUUGUACGUCUAUCGUGAUUCCAGAAUCUGACCCCAACUAAGGGCUUCGACACUAGACCUCUCAGGGUUUUCUACUCCUUCUGUGCGAUCAGAAUUCAAGACUAAUCUGCAGAAAUACUCUACCUUACUUCCACAGACACCAGCUGCAGGAUUAGGCCCUAAACUGAGGGAAGCUUGUGUAAAAAAAAGAGAGAGUCCAAAGUCCAGUGUAAGGUAAAGUUUCUCUCCCCCACCAAAAAACAUGGUGAUUGUAUGGGGCUUUUUUUCGUUCGGGUUUUUUUUUUUUUUUUUCCAUUUUCUCUUGCUCCUCAGUUAUUUAUUCUGAUAAUCAUGUUUGGUGCAUAUUUUAUCCACUGGCUGGUUCAGCUGUCACUGGUGGUGAUUACUGCCAAAGGCAGGGUCUGUCUAAUUAAUGUUUUCCUUCUCAUCUGCUGAAUUUAUAUAGCCAUUAAAGAUAAAUAUGGAUGCUUUGUGGCAUUUAGACCCCAGAUUAUACUUUCUCAUACAUAGCCACUAGGGAGACUUUUGCUGCAUCUUAUUAUGGCAUAAAGGCACCAAAAUGCUCAAACAGGGUAAGUCAGACUGAGUCGUGCCAAGUUGUUACGGCUCAGACAGUCUCUCUUUAGACAUAUUUUGAAGAUAAACUUUAUGCCCAAAUAAAGCUUUCAACUGGAAGGUUGUUUUUUCCCCUGUUUCCCUGAAGUAGAAAGAAUUCAAAGGGAUGCUGUCAUCCAGUUUUUGCCCAGGAUCUGAUCUCCUUUGAAGUGGUUAUGAGCUGGUAAGGAAUUUUCUCUGGAUUUAACUCUUUUCAAAUAAUGGCCUUGUUUUUACUGUUUUUCUUAAUAACAGCAAGAUUUGGGGUACUCCUCUUCCCCUACAACCCCUAGAAAUGCUAGGUAACAUCCAAGAGUUCUGAAAUGCUGCAAAUUUAAAAGAAAACAGACUUCAAAUAGAGCGCAGCUGAGCUGUAUAAAUCACUGGUGCAUUACUGUAGCCAGGCUCUUAGAAGGAUUCAGAAGAGGAUCAGAUACUCGGGUGGAGAAUAACAACAUCCAAGUGCCAUAGCACAGAAACAGUUGGGAUAUGUAAAACACCUAUACUUCAGGGCAGAUGCCAAGUGCUGAGUGUCUGGAGUCAAAAAAGGCUUUGGGGUUUGGGGUUUUUUUUCCCCUUUAAGGAAAGGGGAAAAACAGACCAGGCUAUUCUGUAUUCUGUAGCUGUGCAACAGAUGUUUGGUCUACCUUCUACCGAGGAAUAUGGUUUGGGGUAUUGUCAGGUAGAGAGUUAACAGCUCCAGUUCAUCAUCUCUAAGACCUUGUGGUAGAGUAGAUGGAGAAGUUACUGCCCAUAGUCAUGUGUGUGCUCUGAGCUGAAGGUUUGGAUUCAGCCAGCAUCUCCCACUGCCUCGCCUGGAGAAGCAAGGCACUUACACGCUGUGUCUCAAGGAGGAGAAAAAAAAUAUUCUGUCCUACCUUUUGACACGAGGUCUAGCUCUGGGCACUUGAAGCUCACAUCUGGGAAGCUCGUGAGUCAGCAGGGAGCAAUCUUUUCUGAAUAUUUUUUGCACGUGGCUUUGGAGUGGAAGAGGUUGUCUAUUAAAUUCUGGAAAACCCAACGGUAAUGUUGCUGAUGCCUAGGAGAAAGAGAAAAAUGUCUUUACCACCACCAAGUACCGCUCUAAUGUUGAAGAGAAUAGGAGAGUCUGGUGCAAGUAUAAUGCUGGCUGCACCAAACGCAUCAGGAUCAAUACUCCUUUCUUACCUGUGUAACUCUGACUUCAAGAUGCCGGUUAUCUUGCUAGUCUCGAGUGCCAAAGCAAGAACAUGAUGAUGGCAACUAUGACAUCAAAAGGUUUUGAUUUUGCUUUUAAUCGUGUGGCUUUUCUAGCCACAUCAUGAGUUUUCCUCUGGAUUCUGAUGAACCCAGCGUUUGGGCUUGCUUCAAAGCAGACUGCAUAAUGUACAUGUGUAUAUCGACCUGUAUAUUUUAUAGCUAUAAAACGGGCUGGGGCUGUUAGCUGUGCUCAGUCCAUCGCUCAGCUGGUUAAAAGAGGGUGCAAAACCACAAAGAACUGCUGCUGCUCCUCAUCUGUCUUUCCAAGCACCGUGCCCUGGCAGUUUGUGGCAACUGCUGAGCGUGUCAUUCGGGAGUAAGGCAGCUGCCUGUCAUCAGGCAGAAAAAUCACAUCACGUAUCUGCUCCUUGGCCACUCAUCUGCGUUCAGCAGUUGGGAAAACACAGCACAGGGUUUCUCAGAGACCAGCGUGAGGUUGGUUCUGCUCCUACAAAAGUUGGGGGCUAACGCCCCCAUUUUUGACAUCAAGGACCCAAAUCAAAAAAUAUUCUCUUAAUAACUAAAGGCCUACUUUCCACAUACUUGAAUUUACAGCACAGUUGGACUAUUUUGAGGGACUAAAGGCACUUUAACUGUCUUUUAAUGCAAUGUAUUUACUAUGGAUUAUCUGCAUGGAAUACAGUCUUAGUAUUAAAAAAAAAAUAAUCUUC